AUGGAAGAGGACAGGAGCAGGCGAGAAGAGGAGAAGGCUGGCGGUGGGAUCGACGACGACAUGGUAGAGGAGAGGAGGAGGCGAGUGGAGAGACGAGGCCGGCCGGCGUCUGCUGGCGAGGAGAGGAUCAUGGGGAUCGAGGGAGGGGUGCGGCGGCUCGUGGGGAUCGAGAGGAAAGAGAAAGAGGGCUAG